AAGAACUAACAAUAUGGCGUCUGACAGUUCUGAAGAAGAAAACGAAAACUGGGUGUUUUACCGUGAUAGGGAGGAAUGGAAGGAUGUGACACCUAUUGAACAAGACGACGGACCUUUUCCAGUUGUUGCAAUUGCUUAUACCGACAAAUUUAAAGAUGUUUAUGACUAUUUCCGUGCAAUAUUAAAGUCUGAGGAAAAGAGCCAAAGAGCCCUGGAUUUAACUGCUGAUGCAGUGGAUUUAAACCCUGCAAAUUAUACCGUUUGGUAUUAUCGAAGACUACUGUUACAGACCCUCAACAAGGAUCUGAAAGAGGAACUGAGUUUUAUAUCAACAGUCAUUGAUCAGCAUCCAAAAAAUUACCAAGUUUGGUACCACAGAAAGGUUGUUGUUGGUUGGCUAAAAGAUCCAUCACUUGAGCUGGCCUUCUCAGCAUCAAUCUUGGAUCUUGAUGCAAAGAAUUAUCACACCUGGCAACACAGACAAUGGGUCAUUAAAGAAUUUAAACUAUGGGAAAAUGAACUAGACUAUGUUAACAAACUGCUUACAGAUGACAUACGAAACAAUUCUGCAUGGAAUCAAAGAUAUUUUGUUAUUACGCAUACAACUGGCUACACUGAAGAAGUUAUGAAAAGGGAAAUUAGUUACCUUAUUCAAGUGAUCAAAGAUGUUCCUAAUAAUGAAAGUGCUUGGAAUUAUCUUACAGGGAUUCUUGAUAAAGGAAAAGCUAGCAGCGAAACUGAGCUACGUGAGACUGUAUUCAGAUGGCUGGAAGAUGGAAUGGAUUCACCAUACUUGCUCAGUUUUAUUAUAGAUAUUUAUGAAGAGGAUCUUGAAAAAGGAUCAGCACCAGCAGGAACACUGACUAAGGCCCAAGAGUUAUGUAAUAUGCUAGCAACAGAUAUUGACAGCAUUAGAAAGGAGUAUUGGAAUUAUGUGUGUCGACGUCUUGGUACAAAAUAUGGACAAAACUGAGAAUAAUUAAUAAUAAUUAUCCAUACAUAACUGGUCUUCUAGAUCCAGUCCUAACAUUUAAUCAGGCAUUCAAGUCUUGUGCAGCUAAAUACCAUUGUAAACCAUGAUUUGUGGAAAUCUAAAACCUUUUGAAGCACAUCUUGAAAUUUUU